GCACGCACAGGGGCAGGAAAAGUGCAGGGCAGUGGACAGCGAGAAGAAAAAAACAGAAGCAGCUUCUGGUUUUCUUUCAAACACAUUCCCGCAUCAUUAUACGAGCAAACAGACAAGCCCGCUCAUAAAAGCAGCACACUCGAGGAAAAAUCAACACACAGCAGACUCUACACUUGAACUGUAAUGCACGCAAGGUGAUCUUCUCAAGAUCUUCUCUCGCUCUACCGUGGUGUGUGCUGAGAGCAGGUGGAGGACAACCUGCCGGCACCUUCUUUCUCUUUUGUGCGUGUGUGUAAGGAGCUACACCUGUAAUCAGCCUCGCCCUGAUGUCAAACCAGGAGUGCCGAUCGCCCAUCGGCCUGGACUGCUGCAGCUGCUGUCUGGAUCUGGCCAAUGGCUGCGAGCCCGAGCCGGGCCGACCCGGCCACACGAGCCUGAGCAGCCCCACUUCAAUCAACCACUUCAGACAGCUGCGAGACCAGCUUCACUUUCAGAACCUAAAUGCAGAUAAGCUGAACAACAUCAUGAGACAGGACUCACUGGAGUCGGUGGUCCGAGACCCCUGCUAUCUGCUCAAUGAAGGCAUCUGCAACAGCAACAUUGACCAAACCAUGCUGUCCAUUCUGCUCUUCUUCCACAGUGCCUCUGGCGCAAGCGUUGUGGCCAUUGACAACAAGAUCGAGCAAGCAAUGGAUCUUGUAAAGAAUCACUUAAUGUAUGCAGUCAGGGAGGAAGUGGAGAUCCUAAAAGAGCAGAUCAAGGAGCUGGCGGAGAAAAACAACCAGCUCGAGCGCGAAAACAGCCUGCUGAAGAACUUGGCGAGCCCCGAGCAGCUGCAGAAGUUUCAAUCGCGCCUGCCGUCGGACUCCAGCCUCCCAAUGGAGCCUCAGGAGCUCGGGUCCCCGGAGGAUGUGGGCCACCAGUACACCUGCACAGGCUCUGCUGUGUAAGUGGCUCUGCCAAGGGGCGGGCAGAGCCACAGCUCUCACCUGAAACGGACCUCCAGAUGUGCAACUUCCAGAAGAAGCUGUCUGUACAGAUGAAACCUGAUAAAUGAAAGCAUUGAGACGUACCGGUGGCCUAGUCUGUUUUGUAAUAUCCGACAAUCUCUUCGGACUGAUGCGGACAAGAGAGAGUGAUGUAGACGUCCGAGGUUACUGUACAACGGGACUGACAUGCCCUCCGUUUGGGGCUGCAGCCUUGCUUUCCCUUGGUCUCUUCUCAUGAAGAGAAGGAGAGGGAUGUGCCUGAUGGAGCUGGCCCUGAGAUCUAAGCUAUGGACCUCCACAGAAAUGCAUCCUCAAGCCAAGGAACUGUACUGUAGAUCUUUGAGAGAUGCCCCCACAGUCUCACAAGAGCCCUGCCUGGUGAUCUCAAUUCCGACGCAAGCUACAAGGGUUUCGAGCGAUAUCCCUGGUUUGUCGGAGUGUGCUACGGUAAUUCCCUCCAUGUCAAUGAUCCUUAGCUGUGGACGUUCAUUGAGAUGGACCCCGGUCUGGUCCUCUCUUCCACAGUGGUGACUCCUGCCAUAUGAUGCAUUAUGAAGCAUUGCUUGUAUCUCUGCAGUUGGGGCCUGCUGCUUACAGGGAUUAUUGUUUGUGUUUGUGUUUUGAAACGGAACAAAAUCAACUUGUUUAUAUGGGCUGUGUGUAAAAUGAUUUUUUGUGGGAAUGAGAAUCUGUAUACAUUUGCAUAGUUAUGUAAAUUCGCAUCUGAUGUAAUGUUAGAUGUUCUGAAAUGGAGUGGAUAAUGCUGCCGAGAAAAUAUGUCAGACAUCUAGUUUUGUUGACCUCUAUGCCAACCGAGAAAGUAGAAGUCCAUGUGUUUUCAAAUGAACUUUGUGUUUUCUAACUACCAAAGACUUGCCUAAUAUUCACAAGCCAACAGGACCAUGUGUAACUUCACAGGGAGAAGUUUUUUUGACAACAGUCUUUUUGAAACAUGGGUAUUGUUGCUUGAUUGUAUCCAUGGUAUUUUUUUAACAAUUUGUGGAUGCAAAAUGCACAUUGCAAUAAACCUUAUGUUUACACUAACAA